UUAAAACUCCCUCAUAGAUUGCAGAAGUGUAACACUGACAGGGUUGGAGGACGACCAGGUUGACGAGGCACCAGUCGACAGGUAAACAAGGCAACAGAACAUUCAGCAUGGUGGGAAGGAGACGCGGCUCCAGAGCCACCAGGGGGUCACAGCAGCCCCAACAGCAACGCACGGGGGGACCCCGCAAGAGUCUGAGAGAGCCAGCAUUAUUUGCCAAGGAAGCAGGAUAUGAGUCGGAGGUCCCUCAUGAAAAGCUGACCAUCGCCCAAGCCAAGAGAGGCACACCAGCAAUCCGGCCGGUCCGAGUCUAUGCUGAUGGGAUCUUUGACCUCUUCCACUCUGGACACGCUCGCGCUCUGAUGCAAGCCAAGAACCUGUUCCCCAACACACAUCUCAUAGUGGGAGUCUGCAGUGAUGAACUCACACACCGGUAUAAGGGCUACACAGUGAUGACAGAGUCUGAGCGCUACGAAGCCCUGAUACACUGUCGCUAUGUGGAUGAGGUGGUACGGGAUGCUCCCUGGACCCUCAGCCCUGACUUCCUGAAGAAACAUAAGAUCGACUUUGUAGCGCAUGAUGAUAUCCCAUACACCUCUGCUGGAUCAGAGGAUGUCUACAAACACAUCAAGGGAGCAGGGAUGUUUGUGGCCACACAGAGGACAGACGGCAUCUCUACAUCUGACCUCAUCACCAGGAUAGUGAGAGACUACGACCUCUAUGUCCGACGCAACCUGCAGAGAGGCUACACAGCCAGUGACCUCAACGUUAGCUUCAUCAGGGAGAAGAAAAUACGUCUUCAAAACCAGGUGGAUCGUAUGAAGGAGACGGUGAAGACAGUAGAGGAGAAGUCCAAGCACUUUGUGCACUCGGUGGAGGAGAAGAGCCAAGACCUCAUCCACAAGUGGGAGGAGAAGUCCCGGGAGUUCAUUAGUAAUUUCCUGGAGUCGUUUGGUCCAGGUGGAGCGUGGCAUGUGAUCCAGGAGAAGAGUGGGCGCAUGCUCCAGGCUCUGUCACCCUACGCAUCGCCCGUCGCCUCGCCCCGUGGCUCCCCCAGCAGCAGCCCCACCAGAGGGCGCUCCCCAUCGCCUCCCUCCUCUCCCUCCUCUCAAUCCCCUCGUUCUCCUCGUUCCUCCGCCACCUACCCCAAGGGUGCCUCUGCCCAUCCCUCAACUUCCCUCAGCAGCACGAGUGAGGGGGAUGACGACGAGUAGUUUAGGAAAAAAAACACUCAGUUGACAAACAAUAACAAAACAUAUCAUGCUGUCUCUCUCUCUGUCUUUCUCUCUUUCCAUCUCUUCCUCUCUCUCCAGGCUCUGUCACUCAAACACUCAGUGUACAGGUAACUGCCGAAAUAAAGGAAACACUUGAAGAAACAAUUGACUAAAUGAGAGAUACAGGACAAGGGAAGCUUGGUCUUUACAUCCUCAAAGACAUGCUUCUGUCAGCUGUAACUAUUUUCAAUGUGUCAAUAAUCAUGCGUAUUUCAAACAUAGACAAAGAUAGAUUCAGAUUUUUGACUUUGUAGAUGUAACUGCCAAAAUAAAGGAAACAUUCGAGUAAAUGAGGGAUACAAAGUAUAUUGAAAGCAGGUGCUUCCACACAGGUGUGGUUCCUGAGUAUAUUAAACAAUUAACAUCCCAUCAUGCUUAGGGUCAUGUAUAAAAAUUCCCAGUUUCCCAUUAUGUUGGCUAACAUGGCUAGAAGAAAAGAUUUCAGUGACUUUGAAAGAGGAGACUCAAAUUAGCAUAGGGGGUUUAAAUGGUGUGUGGGUGUGUCUCAGUCAUCUGAUCUCAAACCAAUUGAACACUUAUGGAAGAUUCUGGGGCGACGCCUGAGACCGUUUUCCACCACCAUCAACAAAACACCAAAUUAUGGAAUUUCUCAUGGAGGAAUGGUGUCGCAUCCCUUCAAUAGAGUUCCAGACACUUGUAGAAUCUAU